CAGUGGUCACCCUCUACGUGGAAGCCUCAAAACUUAUUCGUGCCUCUAGGCUCUGAAUGUCUGGUUCUACUCAGUCCAAAGAGACAUCAAUUUUGCGAUGUCUUGUUCUGAAAUAUGGUCCAAAACGGGUCCUUGUUAAACGGCAAAAGUCGUACAAUCUCAUGUUUAACUCCGCCUGCAGAACUUUCCCAAGCAUUUCGAGAGAUAUACUCACAUUUCAGACCAAUCAACUCGAUGUUUGCGAUGGCCACUAUGUGGAAAUCACGGCUGAAGUAUGGAGCGAUAUCAUCGACUUGCUUCACGUCGUUGAGGUGACUCGACGUGUAAAAAUGACAUUGCCCGUCCCACUGCCGCUUGAUGAUCAGGCCAUUCAAUUGCCUGACAAUCAAUCGGCACCAGGUCAGGUUAACGAACAGGACAGCUCGAUGAACGAUGACGAAGUUUGGGACAUUGUCCCAACCCUGCCAGAGCAGGCGCCAGAAUCUGACGGCCAAGUUACGAUCAAGCUUGUUUUUCUAUCUGGCGAGAUUAAGACUACCAAAAUCUCGAGGGAAAUGCAGGUGAACAAGCUUGUUGCUGAUAUUAGUCAGACAUUGGGACGUCAUCCCACUUAUAUCGAAGCAAUUUUCGGUGGGGUAAGGAUGCAUGUGAACCGGAGUAUCGGAUCGUACAACAUCGAGGACGGCGACUCCGUCACUAUUCAAGUUCAUAAUGGCUGUGCGCUUGCCAAAAAGCCAGUCAUUUAUCUAUACUCGCCCUCCGACAUCGAUGUUUCUGUUAAGCUCUCCCUCAUUCCUGAGUGGAGCCUCUCUGUCAUCUAUCCCGUUGUUACCACAGAAGACCAUGGGCGACGUUUAGAAUGGAAUGUCCGCACCAAUCAUGAUGGCAGUCUGACUGAACACAACUCUGGUUUGAAUGUCUCGUACUUGUUCUGGGAGGCAGAGAUAAAUUCCCACGCAUUUCCCGCGCCACCAGCAUCCAAACCGCAACCAGUGGAUGCAUUCAAUCCAGUAUUCAGCAGUCUUGAUGAUACGGAUUCAAUUGUCACUCCAGUGGACAAAGUGACAGUUUACCUCGAUAACUCACUCAAAGUUUUGGGACUUCACACCGAAGCUAGAACAUCAUUCAUAACCUACUGGCUACCAUCCAUCCUUAAGCACGAAUACGUUGCCCUCCGAUUUGUACCUCAAGCGGCAUUCGAACGCGCCGCCUCUUUACACAUUUCCCCGCAGCCUGACGUCGUGACUCGGGUAUUCAUGUUGUUCAAAGGUAUCCGUAAGGAGGACUUGGCAAAUUGGACCAAUGCACGAAUUCAAGCAGAGAAAGACGUUGCUUGGUGGGUGAAUGUAAUUGGAGUUGAUCCUGCAAGGGCUGGUGAUGUGACUUUGUUCAGGGCGUUGGAAUGGGGCGGGAUGGAGGUUCUCAUUUAAUGUUCUAUCAGAUUAUGUAUUCAAUUUGUGUAGGUGUUAUCUUGAUUAGUUCUGCAUCCGACAAAUGUGCAGGUGAACUUAUGCA